UUUAACAUGACUAUAUAUUUAUCUUGUGAUGUUCUUACAUUGUAUGUAUACGAGGGACUUAAGUAUUAAUUAAGACAAGACAUAUUGUUCUAAGAGCUCCUGUCUUGUGGGAGAUCUAUAUAUGGAGAAUCUAGGCAAGCAAAGAGUUAUGUUUUCGGAAAUGGGACAAGAGCAAUCCUGUUCAUGGCUACCGAAAUUGGUCACAACCGAUAAUACAGCAUUGAAUUGGCUAAGAGAUCAAUCUUACUGGUACACGAAAAACGACUGUUACGAUGACAAGAACGGCCAGUUCGCGGUUGCGGUUGCAGCCACGGCAUUUGCCGUAAGAUCGGUGGAGGAAGAAGAAGAUGAAAAGAGGAUAGUAAGAGAAGAACUCGAGGGGUUAAAUGUGAAAAACAAGAAAGUUAAAAGGAAAGAUAAUAAAGUAAUGACAAAACAAGAAGGGAGAAACAUAGAGAGGACACAUACACAAGAGGUUAAAAUCGGAGAGGAGAAUUUUACUAAGAAAGGGUAUCAACAUAAUGGUUCAUCUUCAACGAUAAGUAAAGCAGAUUCUUGGGAAUGUGUUCGAAUUAAAAAAAUCAGGAAAAGGUAUGAGAAAAUGAAAGAUACUAUUCUUGCUUGGGAAAACGAGAGAAAAUUAGCAGCUAGGCUCAAAAUGGAGAAAUCAAAGAGUGAAUUAGAGAGGAGAAAAGAAAUAAAUAAUCGACGCUAUCGAUCUAAACUAUCGAGGAUUGAAAUGAUCGCAAGAGGAGCAAAACAACAAUUGGAGGAGAAACGAAAGAGCGAAGAAGCUCGGGUGAAAGAAAAGGCAAACACGAUGAGAAGAACAGGCAAAGUUCCCAUGGAUUACUUCUGUUUCCGAUGUUACUAAAAUCAUAUGAGUUUUAUUCAAACAAUUAAAAUAAUUAAUAUUGAAAAAAUAUAUGUAAUAAAUUUGUUACAAAAAAUGAAACAUAAUUAAAUA